AUGUAUAAUAAUAGUUUAGCAACUGCUUGUGCUGCGAAGUAUACAAUUCACGAACGGAAAUUAGUUUUUACUGUACGCAAACAUUUGAUUAAUGUUACAAUGUCUAAGCUGAAACAAGAUUUACUAUCAGAAGAAGAAACGGAUGAAGACUUUAUGACAAGAAUAACUCAACCUAGAAUAUGGACAAUCUUCAAAUCGGAAUUCAUUUUUCAAGUAUUUAUUGACGAGCGAUUCGACGAAAUAUUAGAUAUGUUUAAAAAUAAUUAUAUUUACGAAGAAUCAUUAUGUAGUUAUAACUCAUUGUCUUCUGAUCAAGAUUCAAUUGAUCAAUUUUUAUAUUUGGUUAAACACUGGAUCUCGGAUACUCUAUCAUCAAUUGUGAUCGAAAAAAGUUCCGGGAAAUGUAUUGGAAUAAUUGUCUGCAGAUUUUGUUCGAUUGAAGAUAAUUCGUUGGAGUUUAGUAGAUUAAGAUUGUACGAAGGAGAAAAAUGGAAUAUAAUACAGAAUUUCAAAAACUACUUGAGCCAAAAAGUUGACAUUUACAAAUAUUACAAAAGUGUAGCAUUCUUCAGAGUUUAUGCUUGGUUUAUUCUUCCUCCAUAUAGGGGUCAAGGACUGGGUAAAAAAUUAUUGGAGUGUGUAAUCAAUCAGCAGUUACCUGAGAUGGUGCAUUUAGGUUGCAACGUAAUUUCUGGAAUAUUCACUGACAAGAAGAGUCAAGGAAUAGCGAGUUCUUUGGGGCUGAAAACACUGUACGAGGUUAAUUACACUGACUGGGCUAAUCAAAACAAUGUCGUUUUGACUGAAAACAUGAAAGCUGAAAACGCGACAGUGAGUGUGAUGGCUUGUCAAAUAAACAAGAAAUGAGUACCUACCUAUCUAUGUCAUAGUAGAAGUAGAAUCGUUUUUAUUUGGAUACAAGUAGUUUUUAAUUUUAAUAAGUACCUAUUUAAUUGAUUUUCUUUAAUUUAAUUUAAUUAAUUGUGAGUAGAGAUAAAUAAAUAGUUUAAAAUGGAUUUGAUUUCUUCGUCUUAAUUUACACAUUUAACAAAUUCUGAUGUGUGAAUACACUGAAGAUAAUGAUUAUAUUUUGUUUUAGUUAAUCUGAUUAGAAAAUACCUAACAUGCGUUGUUACAACUUAAAAUGUCAUGAAAGUUUUUUAAUUUGUUAGAUUUUGAACAAUCAUCUCCUUGAAUGAGAAAAUGUUGGUGUCAAAGUUAAUAUAGAAAAUAUUAAU